CUUCGUCACCAAUUAUUAAGGACAACAACCUUCACCUGCUCGCUUUCGGUUUGCAGAUAAACCAUCGUAUACCCACACAUUUCACCCACAGAUCUGCCCAACAUGGCGGCCGCUGAGACUUUCGAGUUCCAGGCUGAGAUCUCUCAGCUUCUCUCCCUCAUCAUCAACACUGUUUACUCCAACAAGGAGAUCUUCCUUCGUGAGCUUAUCUCCAACGCCUCCGAUGCUCUCGACAAGAUCCGCUAUGAGUCCCUGUCGGACCCCAGCAAGCUGGAUUCCUGCAAGGAUCUCCGCAUCGACAUUAUCCCCAACAAGGAGAACAAGACCCUCACCAUCCGCGAUACCGGUAUCGGUAUGACCAAGGCUGACCUUGUCAACAACCUUGGUACCAUUGCCCGUUCCGGUACUAAGCAGUUCAUGGAGGCCCUUACCGCUGGUGCCGAUAUCUCCAUGAUCGGUCAGUUCGGUGUUGGUUUCUACUCUGCCUACCUUGUUGCCGACAGAGUUACCGUCGUCUCCAAGCACAACGAUGACGAGCAGUACAUCUGGGAGUCUUCGGCUGGUGGUACCUUCACCAUCAGACCUGACACCGAGGGCGAGCCCCUUGGCCGCGGUACCAAGAUCAUUCUCCACCUCAAGGAGGAGCAGCUUGACUACCUCAACGAGAGCAGGAUCAAGGAGGUCGUCAAGAAGCACUCCGAGUUCAUCUCCUACCCCAUCUACCUCCACGUCCAGAAGGAGAUCGAGAAGGAGAUUCCUGACGAGGAGGCUGAGGAGGUAACCGAGGAGGGUGAUGACAAGAAGCCCAAGAUCGAGGAGGUUGAUGAGGAGGAGGAGGAAAAGAAGAAGGAGAAGAAGGUUAAGAAGAUCAAGGAGACCAAGAUCGAGGAGGAGGAGCUCAACAAGCAGAAGCCCAUCUGGACUCGCAACCCCCAGGACAUCACCCAGGAGGAGUAUGCUGCCUUCUACAAGUCCCUUUCCAACGACUGGGAGGACCACCUCGCUGUCAAGCACUUCUCCGUUGAGGGUCAGCUCGAGUUCCGCGCCAUCCUCUUCGUUCCCAAGCGCGCUCCCUUCGACCUCUUCGAGACCAAGAAGACCAAGAGCAACAUCAAGCUCUACGUCCGCCGCGUCUUCAUCACUGACGAUGCUACCGACCUCGUCCCCGAGUGGCUCAGCUUCAUCAAGGGUGUUGUCGACUCUGAGGAUCUCCCCCUCAACCUGUCUCGUGAGACUCUCCAGCAGAACAAGAUCAUGAAGGUCAUCAAGAAGAACAUCGUCAAGAAGUCUAUUGAGCUCUUCAACGAGAUUGCUGAGGACAAGGAGCAGUUCGACAAGUUCUACUCUGCCUUCUCCAAGAACAUCAAGCUUGGUAUCCACGAGGAUGCCCAGAACCGCAGCGCCCUUGCCAAGCUCCUCCGCUUCCACUCCACCAAGUCUGGUGACGAGAUGACCUCUCUCUCCGACUACGUUGCUCGCAUGCCCGAGCACCAGAAGAACAUCUACUACAUCACUGGCGAGUCCAUCAAGGCCGUCUCCAAGUCUCCUUUCCUUGACGCCCUCAAGGAGAAGGGCUUCGAGGUUCUCUUCCUUGUCGACCCUAUUGAUGAGUACGCCAUGACUCAGCUCAAGGAGUUCGAGGGCAAGAAGCUUGUCGACAUCACCAAGGACUUCGAGCUCGAGGAGACCGAGGAGGAGAAGAAGCAGCGUGAGCAGGAGGAGAAGGAGUACGAGGAUCUCUGCAAGGCCCUCAAGAACAUUCUCGGUGACAAGGUCGAGAAGGUCGUCGUCUCUCACAAGCUCGUCGGCUCUCCUUGCGCCAUCCGUACUGGCCAGUUCGGCUGGUCCGCCAACAUGGAGCGUAUCAUGAAGGCCCAGGCCCUCCGUGACACCUCCAUGUCCAGCUACAUGUCUUCCAAGAAGACCUUCGAGAUCUCGCCCAAGAGCCCCAUCAUCAAGGAGCUCAAGAAGAAGGUUGAGACUGAUGGUGAGAACGACAAGACUGUCAAGUCCAUCGUCCAGCUUCUCUACGAGACCUCUCUCCUCGUCUCCGGCUUCACCAUUGACGAGCCCGCCAGCUUCGCCGAGCGCAUCCACAAGCUCGUCUCCCUCGGCCUCAACCUCGAUGAGGAGCCUGAGGCUGCUGCCGAUGCCCCUGCUGCUGCUGAGGGUACCCCCGCCGCCGAGACUGGCGACUCCGCCAUGGAGGAGGUUGACUAAACGAUUUCAUGACUACAAAAGUUUAAUGAAAAAGGUUUUGGGACGGAGUUUGGGUUUUCGUUUUACUGACGGGCAUUUUGUUACCCUUCUGCAUCUUUUGCCUUUUCCAUAAUUUUCAGAUUCCCCGGCUCUGUACUUUAGUCUAUGACAACAUAUGGUUUGGUCUGGUCUUGAGGUAGAGCAUGAAUGCAAUGGAUGAGAAACAAGCAACUUAAAGUGGUGAAAUGUGACAUGGUCGUGAA